AGAUGGCAGUCUCCCUGCUGGUGCUGUGGGCGUGUCUGUGCGCCGUGUGGGCGUGUCCGCGCGAGUGCCGCUGCUCCCUGGACGAGCGUGGGCGGCGCGGCGUGCGGUGCGAGGGCGGCGGCAUGCGCGACCCGGUGCCCGUGCUGGACAUGGGCGCCGACACCGAGCUGCUGGUGAUCGCGGCGCCCAAGGAGAAGCCCAACGCCCUGUCGCUGGGGCCCAUCUUCCGCGGGCUGCGCCACCUGGAGGAGAUCCACAUCACGUGGUCGGGGGUGCCGGCCCUGGGCGCGCACUCCUUCUGGGGCCUCCACCGCCUGCACGUCCUCAACUUCACCAACAACCACAUCUCCGCCCUCAUGGACACCAACUUCCGCGGCGCCGACGCCCUGCGGCACCUCGACCUGAGCCACAACCGCAUCCAGAGCGUGCCCUCCGCCGUGUUCCGCCACGUGCGCCACCUGCGCACGCUGUCGCUGGCGCACAACAUGGUGCCGGAGCUCGUGCCUCGCAUCUUCUUCGGCCUCACCAAGCUGGAGAAGCUGGACCUGAGCUACAAUCCCCUCGGCGACCUCCAGCCCGAGAGGUUCACCGACGUGCCCGACCUGCGGCAGCUGUCCUGCGCCGGCUGCAGCCUCAUGUCCAUCAGCAGCACCCUCCUGCAGUCGCUGUCGCAGCUGCGGGAGCUGGACCUGCGCAACAACCGCCUGACGCAGAUCCCGCUCGGCGUGGCGUCCGCCGCCCUGCCCAACCUGGUCAGCCUCAAGCUGGACGGCAACCACCUGUCCUUCGUGGAGCGCGGCGCCAUCUCCGGCUCGCCGCUCGUCAGCCUCCACCUGGCGCACAACCGCAUCAGCCGCCUCGAGGUCGACGCCUUCUCCAACAGCUCCAUCAAGCACCUCGACCUGUCCUACAACCGCAUCUCGCACCUGGAGGCCGGCGCCCUCGAGGACAUCCUCGACCAGCUGCACGAGAUCAAGCUGUCGGGCAACUCGCUGCACGUGGACCAACUGAUGAGCGUGCUGCCCAAUGCGCGCCAGCUGCGCUCCCUCGGCCUGGGCGACAUGGGCCACACCCAGCUGCCGGCCGAGCUGCUGCGCCACUCGCGCCACCUCCACCACCUCAACCUGUCGGCCAACUACCUGACGGCGCUCUCCACCGAGGUGCUGUACAACGCCCCGCACCUGUACACGCUCGACCUCUCGCUCAACAGCUUCCGCGGCCUGGAGGAGCAGCUGGUGGAGUCCAUCACGGCCGCCUCCGAGCUGCGCACGCUGCGGCUGGAGGGCAACCCGUGGCAGUGCGACCAGUGCCACGUGGGGCCGCUGCUGCGCUGGCUGCAGGACGCGCCCGACCAGGAGUCCGGCUGCGACGAGCCGCGGGUGUGGACCUGCCUCAAGUGCGUCAGCCCGCGGAGCGUGGCCGGCCUGCAGCUCGCCCUCCUGCCCCCCGGGGACCUGCCGCCCUGCCCCUUCACCACGCCCCCCGCGGCCGCCGUCUGGCCCACGUGGGUCGAGCCCUCCUACAGCGUCGUCACGGACGAGCCGGAGUUCCCUCGCGGAGAGCUUAGCCGGCAGGAGGACGCCGAGGGCGGCUGGUCCCUGCAGCGCCUGUUCGAGGAGGAGCUGUACCUGUUCAUCGUGGUCGGCUGCGUGGUCGUGCUGCUGCUGCUCGCCCUCAUCGUCGUCGCCGUCGUCCUGUACAACCGCCACUCCGCCUUCUACUACACGUACGAGGACGACCCCGAGAAGAAGGAGAAGCUGAUGAAGGCGAGGGACAGCAAGAACAACAACGGCCCGGCCACGAAGACGCCGACCAAGGCCGCCGACGCCACCAUCGCCACCAUCGACGAGAUGACCGACAUCGCCGGCUCGCAGGAGGUGCUCGAGGCGGGCCAGAUCCGCAAGGGCACGCUGAACAGCUCGCCCGCACUCAACCACUCGCCUGCCGUCAACCACUCGCCCGCCGUCAGCGCCUCCCCCGCCGCCAACCACAACCACUCGCAGAGCAACUCGCCGGCGCCCACGCAGAACAACGCCCUUCCCCAGAACCACUCGACGCCCGCCCACAACGGCCGCACGCCCAGCCAGUCUCCGGUCCCGAAUGUCGUCCAGGAGGCGGAGGGGCGAGCCGAGAGCCCGACGCUCUAGUAGAGUGGCCGCUGUAGACGAGUUUCCUUUCGUAUCUUUUUUUUCUGACAAAUUAUUUCAGUCUUAAGAUGUGGCCACGGGAACGGUCGAGCUGGCAUACUAAACACACACACACACACACACACACACACACACACAACACCACACACACACACACACACACACACACACACACACACACACACACACACACACACACACACACACACACACACAUGCAAACGACCACAAUUACAGAAAAUGAACAACUAAACACUUAUAUACAUGUACAGUAUAUAUUAUGAAUGGACGCGUAUCUGAAACUGGUUGUACGGCUGUGACAGAAGUGAAGGAACGAAGUGACGCGGUGUUUUCGCAGUGACUGGUGGUUGGGGGCGUGGCUUAGGUCACGUGACUCUCCGAAGACGUUACACAGUGUGCUUCGACGUCCCUGGGUGAAGGUGUGGAGUGUGGAGAUAAGGAACCAAAAGAAGUUGCAGAGAUAAGAAAAUAGAAUGGUAAAGGGACUUCAAGGAGACAGAGAAAGAGAAGUAAGAUCGGAGGGCUUUUAGCAAGAUGAAUACCACACAGGAAAGAAAUAUAAUAAUAUAUAUAUAUGAUUUCCCCAAAGACUUCGAUGUAUUCCAUAAAAGACCAACACAAAGUUUUUUAAAAAAAUGUAAAGAUUUUAUGUGUGAAAGACCUAUAUAACCAUUGAUUUUAUGUGAUGCCUCUUGCUCUUUCAACUCCCCCCCCCCCCCAAACCCUCCUAUGAACUCUGCAUAUCAAGCUUUCGUUAUUCCUACUUCGUUACGGACAUGGGGUCGAUUCCCAACCAGCGUGACGUCAUCGUAGACACACAAGUCAGUCUUCCAAAAAGAGGAAUCCUACUCUUAUUUUACUCCAAGAAGAUUCUAGGGGAAAAAAAGAGGAAAUAAAUCGAUGUAUUGGUCCGGCAGCGGCUUCCCGUCAUGAAUUUUUUUCUUCUCUCUCUCUCUCACGAGGAAAAAAAGGGAAAGAAAAAAAAGAAGAGGAAAGUUCUGAUCAACAAGUGACUCAUGCUCACUAAGUCCUUUUUUUUUUUUUUAGAAUAUAAUGAUAUCAAAAGAUUUCAGAAAGGCCUUUUAUGUGCAAGUUCUGCCGUUCCUACUCUCUAGUGUUUGUGAUUUAUGAAGGAUUUUUGUAUAUUGCAGCAAAAGAUAAUGAUAAUAAUAAUAAAAAAAAUAAUUUGAUAUUUUUUCACGUGCUCAUGAGAGAGAUUAAAUAUCUGAUAAGACAAAGAGUCCUUUUCGACUGUUUUCUUUUAAUUAUCUUUGCUUUCAUCUUUUUUCGAUAAACAUGAAGUAAUUAAAAGCUGUGACAAAGAAAGACAUUUUUCUUUGGUUAGUAUUCUUGAAUGCUUUGAAAUUCUUCAACUUCUGUUAAGUUUCCAUGUAAGUUAAUCUUAAAAAGAGAAAAAAAAAACACAUUGAAAUUUAAAUCUCAAAUCAAUCUUCAACAUUUCAUAGUAUCAUUAAUACAACUUUCCAAAACAAAAAAAAAAGUCGCAAAAGGGCUUUUCAAUUAAAAGAUUGUUUGGUCUUUGCCUACAUAAAAAUCAACCAACAGACCUACCUUCUUUAUCCUGCAGCAUAUUCUGUAUUUGUUGUACUAGUCACUUCUUUGUUUUAUUCCUUUACCAUAUAUGUAUGAUAUAUAUACACACAUGAGACAUUAAGUGUUUAUAUCGAAAAAAAAGACUUCCCAGUGAUUCUAUCAUCUACAUUUAGACUUUUUUCUACCCAGUGGCAUUCAUAACUGAGAUGAAAAUGAGUGAAAACAUAUUCGUACCGGAAUAAAUGUAUAAGUAACAUAUUCGUACGGAUAUAAAAGCAUAUUAAAGUAACACAUAUUUAUAAGGAAAUAAAAAAAAGUAUAUCAAAGUUAUACCUUGGCUUAGAAACAAAAAGAAAAAGUGAAACAAUAUUAAAGGAAAACAAGAAAUGAAUAAAGAUGAUUUAAUCCUUUCUGGAACAACGGAAAUUGUGUGUACAUGUUAUAUGCAUCGACAAUUAAAUCUGGUCUAGUCUCUUUUAUGAAUGUUCUCCUUUUUGGUAUAAUGAGUUUGAAACCUUACUUUGAUAAGUAUAUUAUUUUUAACAUUGUUCUGUUCUCUGUGUUUAUAAUAAUUAACUUUCUCUCCUUCUUUGUAUUUUCUUUAAUUUUUCUUUAUUCUGUGUAUAUAAGGCAUGUAAGUGUGCAUAGCUUAUUUGAUGCUUAUUGUAAAUGUACAAAUUUUAUACUACUCAAGAAUAAUAAAUUAAAUAAAG